AUGGAUUCGAACUAUCCCGGUAGUCCUCUACCACCUCCGAGCUACUCUGAAGCAACGACAACAGAUCCUUUUACGACAGUCAGCUUUGGAGUCGUCUCUCCAGUAACAACAUCCUCCAGUCCUGUGCCAUUCAACGUAACAGUAUCGCCGAUGGCCACACCACCUCUAUCAUCUCGAUCCAUAGAGGAACUCCCCAACUCGCAAACCUAUCUCUUCAACCACAAUGUAUCGGCCGGACAAUUCGACACCGAUUGUUCUCUGGAGGCUGUUGUGCCGGACGGGCUUGAACUUGCAGUCAUGGAACAUUCGGCGGAUCGCGAUAUCUUACCCAUUGCCUACGAAUCAACAUCACAAAUAAGCAAUGCCGAGUAUGAGUCUGGUUUAGAAGUCAUGGCUGUAACCCCUCCUGUCAAGACCGUUACACCUCUCCAUCUUCUCGGAGAUCAACCCGAAUCAAUCGACUGCCCAUACUGUCUGCGCCGCAGCGAAACGCGAGUGAGGAAAAAGCCCUCAUCGACAACACAUCUUCAGGCUGUAGCGCUACUUAUGACAACUGUUUGUGGAGCAGCGGCUCCAUAUAUGAAGAAAUGGUCCUUUGACAUUGAACAAUUCUGUCAGAACUGCAAUAAUAGAGUUAUGUACAGGGCGAGAGGGAAGGAUAUAAGGAUUUGCAAAGUACCUGAGUCUUGGAAGGAAGAGUCAAAACUACCCGAUGCUGACGGCGAUAUUUCUAAACGUUGGUAG